ACGAACCGUGUCAAGCUCGUGACGUCAGGGGAGUGCAGAGAUCUAGUCGCCGUGCCGCUCGCCCCUCUUUCUGUUAUUUCAGGCAGAUGCGGGGAAGUCGGGGAGGAGGCGGGUGGCCCUCCUGCCGAACGGAUUGGCUUGGGGUUGUUUUGCCCGCUCCGCUCUGCAACCAAGGGCGCUGGAAGCCACCUCUGGAGCGCCCCCCCUUUCCCGCGGCCGAGAGUUUUCGUUGAAUUUGUUCACCCCCCCCCCUCCCUCGCUUUCCCUCCUUGCCAUGCACCAGGAUCUAACCACCGCUAGCGGCGGCGGCGGCGGCGGCAGCAGGAGGAACUUCCCAAACAGGAACCUAAUGGCUGCGAAGGUGAAAAUCUAAGCGCGAAGUCUUUCCCCCAUCCUGCCCCGGGAAGAAGGGCUGUGUAGAGGAGAGCCGGCAACCAUGAGCCCGGGGGCUCAGCACUGAUGCCUGCAUCGCUGCCCCCGGUGGGAGACUUCGGAGGAUCUCCCUCCUUUGGGGCACCGCAGAGCGCGGACCUGUGACCGGGAGGCGCGCGGAGAAGACGAGAAAAGAGGGAAGAAAAGUCGAUCUGGCCGCCCGAGACUCCCGAGCCCGCCGCUGAACUUCCCUUGAACUCCCGAUUGCGCUCCUCCUUGCCCGGGUCCCCCUCUCCGCCGAGAGAUUUAUUGUUCUUAUUGCAGUUUUUCGAGACGUCGCAAAUGUCUCUUUAGAAUAUAUACACAACACACAUACCCCCAGAACUAUUUUUGGCCAAUAUCAUGGCGAUGAAAGGGGCUGUCGCGAACACCGGGAUCUUGUUAGUUACAGCCAACGUUGGAUCCUUGUUCGAUGAUUGCAAUCCUCUCUACUGCAGUAAUAUAUAUUGAGAAGAGUGGAACUAGACGACUCUCUUAGAAAACAAUGGAAGCCAGAAAACCUGCAGAAGAAUUGGCUUCGGGAAUUUUAUCAGAUUGUACAUGCACAUAAACCACAAUUCAUGGCAUUACAUUGUCAAGAGUUUGGAGGGAAAAACUAUGAAGCAUCUAUGUCUCACGUGGACAAGUUUGUUAAAGAAUUGCUAUCUAGUGAUGCAAUGAAAGACUACAACAGGGCCCGGGUUUAUCUGGAUGAAAAUUUCAAGUCACAGGAACACUUUACGGCACUGGGCAGCUUUUACUUUCUACAUGAAUCCUUGAAAAAUAUUUACCAAUUCGACUUUAAAGCUAAGAAAUACAAAAAAGUUACGGGCAAAGAGAUCUAUUCAGAUACAUUAGAAAGUACACCUAUGCUGGAAAAAGAAAAGUUCCCACAGGAUUAUUUCCCUGAGUGCAAGUGGUCCAGGAAAGGAUUCAUACGAACAAGAUGGUGUAUUACUGACUGUGCCUUUGACUUGGUAAACAUUCACCUUUUCCAUGAUGCUUCCAAUUUAGUUGCUUGGGAAACCAGCCCAUCUGUUUACUCAGGAAUAAGGCAUAAGGCCCUUAGUUAUGUACUUGACAGAAUUAUAGAUCAGCGGUUUGAACGAGUUUCAUAUUUUAUCUUUGGUGAUUUCAAUUUUCGAUUGGAUUCAAAAUCAGUGGUAGAGACACUUUGUGCAAAGGCUACAAUGCAGACUAUCCGGGCUGCUGACACUAAUGAAGUAGUCAAACUAAUAUUCCGUGAAUCUGAUAAUGACCGAAAGGUUAUGCUACAGUUAGAAAAGAAACUCUUUGACUAUUUUAAUCAAGAUGUUUUUAGAGAUAACAAUGGCACUGCGCUUUUGGAAUUUGACAAAGAGCUGUCAGUCUUUAAAGACAAAUUAUAUGAACUGGACAUUUCAUUUCCUCCCAGCUAUCCAUAUAGUGAAGAUUGUAGCCAGGGAAUGCAAUAUAUGAACACUAGAUGUCCAGCUUGGUGUGACAGAAUCCUUAUGUCACAUUCUGCCAAAGAACUCAUUUUGAAGUCUGAAAAUGAUGAGCGGCAAGUGGUGUAUGACCACAUAGGACCAAAUGUCUGCAUGGGGGACCACAAGCCUGUGUUCCUGUCCUUUCGAAUACCCGCUGGGGCAGGAAAAAGAUGCCUCCGACACGAGAAGAUAUUUCGGGAAAGUUCAUUAUAGCGAGGAGGAAGAGGAGGAGGAAGGCUUCAAACUCCCACCCAUCGCUUAAAAUCGUGACAGCUCUACCAUCCAUCCAAGUCCUGCGUGCCCUGUUCUUCUUUUAUUAUUACUGUUCUUGUUAUUUUAGGCUGUUUAUGCUCCACUAGCUUAUUUCUGGCGUGGACACAAGUCCCCACCACCCCCAAAAAUCUCUUAUACCUCACUGUCUUGUAUAUUCUCGUGACAUCAAAAGUGGACUUUUUAUUUUUAUAUGGCUAUGCCUAUAUUAUGCUACAGUCUGGUUGCCAAAACAUACCAACAAAAAAAAAAUCCUCACAUUAAUUUUUUUUUUUACAAUGUUUUGCGUCUUGGAUUUCACUGUGAGGUUUGUGUUUUUAGUUGGUCAAUGUGAAAUGAGUGUGUGUAUAUGUAGACACACCUUCAGCAUUAAGACCGUUUUUUUUCAUCACCCUUCCCUAGCUUAAAGCCAGGUUGGGAUUUUAUAUAUUGCCUUGUAUAAAGGUCCUGCUGUGUUGUUGUUGUUUGAUCCUGUGAUAUUUAGGGGUGGGAAAGAGGAUCCAAGAUUGUUUUGUUUUUUUUGUUUUGUUGUCUUUUUUAUAGACUUGUUUUCUCAUGUUAUUUACUAUACUGCCAUGUUCCAUGGUUUCUGAAUCACACAACAGCAGCUGCUUUCUAUACUUGUAUAUAUUUAUAUAUAUAUUGUAUGUAAGUGUGUGUGUGUAUAUAUAUAAAUAUAUACACACAGAGAGAUAUAGAAAUAAUUUAUAAUUACAAACGGCCUGUCUUUCCUGAUACAAAUAGACUUUUCCAGCAAGCCCAAAUAAUAUCACUGUUGCUCGGCAGGAAAUUCUGCCACCGGUUAUUCAACUCGGGAUUAACUUGCAAACCGAGGAAAGGGAGGCAGAGUUCACGAUGGGGAGAGGCUGUCGGACGCUUCACACCCCUUCUGAAACACGUUUCUUUCCGCGUGGAAAGCUACAACUUUCGAGGAGACACGGAGAUCCCACUGGGCGCGCGUGGCGACUCAUCCCGAGUUCCUUGCAAGCCUGCUUCCACUCGCUUCGGAGCAAACCUGCAGCGUGGACACGCGUUUCAGAAGGCGAGUGUGUGAAUCCCCUCCCCCCGUGCGCGCAGACUGUGGUGCCAGUUAACAGCUGCUCGGCCGACGGGCCUUCUCCUCCCGUGGUAGGUGCGACGAGGGCGCUCCACAGCCCAGCGCUACGACCGCACAGCUAAGCAGCAGCUCAGGUGCCCAAGCACGUUCGUGAAGAGGAGACACAAGAAUCGGGGAUGGGGGGGGGAGGAGGGACCAGCCUCUCGCCGGGGAGCACUUGUUGACUCGGACUCGAGGAGGGUCGGGAAAGCUGGAGCUUCAUUGAGAGCUCUCCUCCCCCCCUCCGGAGUACAGCAUUAAAAGGUGAUUAGCGAGUCUGUUGAAGAAACACGCGGGGAGAGUUAUUGAUUUUAUUGAGAACACUACCCAGCUCAGGGAACGGGCGGGAGUCGGAAGAUGCCUUUGGAGAACAAAUCCAGCUUUGCGGUGGGUGGGGUGGGAAGAGGGAGAGGAAAACGAGGGGAGGGAGAGAAAUUCCCAAAGGGAGAGAGAGAGGAAGGAAGGAACGUCUCCUCUGUCCCUGAUCCUACAGGACGCGGAGCCGCCCAAGGCUUGGCGGGGUUUGUGUGUGGCGCGUUCACUGCGAAAUGAUCAUUCUGGUUCUCAAGCAAUAAAAAAAAAAUGAUCAUGAUUAAA